AGAGGAAUUUGCCAAAGAGAAGGCAAACAGGGUGUGCAAGGUUGGGAAGCCCAGAAAAGAGUACAGUAUUGUGUGAAUAGCACACAACUUAGUUUAGGAGCAAGACAAGGAUGAAUCCUUGUGAAGCCAAAUGGUAAGUCUGAGGCGAGCAACACAGUGAGUCAAAAAAAAAAAAAAGGGACAGGCUGAAAAGGUGGCUCCAGCCUUGGUCACUGGAGAUCUGAGCAUUUAUCAAAAGAAUUGGGCCAUUACCUGUGGGCCAAAGGCAUCAGUGGUCUUGUCAGUAGGGAAUAGGCUCAGAGGUCACUUCAGAAAAGAACCAGUGGCCAGGGGGUGGGAAGUAUCUUUGGGGUCAUGCAGAUGUGGGGAAGGAGGCACAAAACAAAGACUGACUUGGAUGAACAGGAAGCCAACCCGUCCCUUCAAAUUGUCCUUUGCUGGUGGGUGGUUGAAUGUGACCUCCCGGCUUCCUAGUACCCGUCAAGGUACAGGGUGCAACCAGCACCAUCUCCACCCAUCCGCCCGCAACCGUGGAGGUCGCUGCUCAGUAAGCCCCGCAGGGGGCGCUGUGGGACGUUUUGGGGGCCAGUCAUGCGCAGUGCGGCGACGGGCAGGGGGCGGGGCCACAGGAACCCGGAAGCGGAGGAACCCUUGUGGGGAAGCCUGGGAGGUUGCUGUGUACCGGCUUUCCAGUUCUGGGCAGUCCUCAAGCCGGCACUCGGAAGUAUUGGUCCCUGCUGAGGGGACGGGGUGGGGGUAGCAGUUUGGCCGUCUUCUUCAAUAUAUUCGGACGACCGCAGCGGGGUCAUCGAGCUAUGAGACUGCUCCCGGUGAUUAAGGGCGCAACCUGGUGUUGCGCCGGUCGCUUUGGCGCGCGUCGUUUCUCCUCUGCGGCUAGGCGCGGGGAGCGGCCUGGCGGGGAGGAGCUAAGCCGCCUGCGGCUGGAUGACUUGGCGCCAACCCCCCGGCUCGAGCUUCUGUUUGGCCUGUCCCCAUGUCUCCUGGCUCUGCGGGCCGCCCGCCGCCGCGUGGCCCGGGUCCUGCUCCAGGCCGGCCGGGCUGGGGUACAAGGGGAGAGAGCCGAGCUGCUUAGGGCGGCCGAGGCGCGGAACAUCCCAGUCCUGCGGCACAGACGGCAGAAGCUGGACGCCCUGUGCCGCUACCAGGUGCACCAGGGCGUCUGCAUGGAGGUGAGCCCAUUGCGGCCCCGGCCUUGGAGUGAGGCCGGGGAGACAAGCCCGGGAGACGGCCCCCAGCAGCUGUGGCUCGUCCUGGAGGGGCUCCAGGAUCCCCGGAAUCUUGGGGCUGUGCUGCGCUCCGCUUACUUCCUCGGAGUGGACAAAGUCAUCACCAGCCGGAGAAACAGCUGCCCGCUCACUCCAGUAGUCAGCAAGGCCAGCGCGGGGGCUAUGGAAGUGAUGGACGUGUUCGCCACUGAUGACCUGGCCAGUGUUUUGCAGGCCAAAGCUCAGCAGGGCUGGCUUGUGGCAGGCACAGUGGGCUACCUUGGGCCUGAGGUUUCCCAGUCUUCCCAGAUCCCCAUCACUGGUUGCUUGGAGUUCAUCUGGGACCGGCCAACUCUCCUCGUGCUGGGAAAUGAAGGCUCUGGUCUGUCACAGGAGGUGCUGGCCUCCUGCCAGCUUCUCCUUACCAUCCUGCCUGGGCGCCAGCUGCCUCCUGGACUUGAGUCCCUGAAUGUGUCUGUGGCUACAGGAAUUCUGCUUCACUCCAUUUGCAGCCAGAGGAAAGGUAUCCCUGUAGAGAAGGAGAGAGGGUAACUUCUCCAGGACCCUCAACAACCCCCAGCUACAUCUAAAGAACACCCAGUGGCUCAGCACCCAGCAUUGUCUUCAGGGUCAGAAAAGAGAGGCUAAAUGGGGGCUGACUUGAACCCUCCAAGAUGAGCGUGUGCUGGAGUCAGAAUGGGUUACCCACUCCCCGAGGCUCCCACAUGCUGGAAUCUGCCUGAGUAUACACCCAAACCCCUGUUUUGAUGUUGGAGAUGGUAGUUUGUUCAUUUCCAGGAUGGGCUAGGAUGGAGGGUGUCUGUCCUCCCAGGCCCCGACUGGAAGUCAAGGAGAAGUCUAGACAUCAGAAGGGAAUCAGGCAGUCCAGGCCAGAGGUUUGAGUCCUCCUGAGCCAGGUGUUGCCUGUGGCAAAGGUGAGUGUGAGAAUGUAGAGGCCAAGGCCUUCUGAGUAUAGACCAGGUACAAACCCCUACCUCACAGGGUUGUUGUGAGGAUCAAAUAAAAUAUCACCAGGUCAGUGGGUACUCACCAAAUGGAUGUUCUGCCUACUUCCUCUGCUAGGUGGCAGCAUUGCCCUUUAAUCCGUGGUUUCCUUCCAGUGCUUUUGUAGCCCCUUGGUGAGACGCCUGACUGCAGCUCCAGACACUGGGAAAAUAAGCAAAUGCCCCUUGACCCCACAUCACCCCCCUCAAUCAGUCAGUCCAGCUCAGCAAGGACUCCAUGACUCAAGCCCUCACCUUUGAGUCUGAGGUGAUGAAGAUGGGAUCACUCUUGUGCAACCAGACAGGCUUGGUCUCCACCAGCUGGGUCCCCAAGUGUAGCAGAAGCCAUGAUUUGAGUCAUGCAGAAUGAAGGUUCUCAGUCUUGGCUGCAUAUUGGAAAAAAAACCAAGCAAACCCAACACUGC